AUGGCGGUGCCGCUUCUGACGAGGAAGAUCGUGAAGAAGAGGGUCAAGCACUUCAAGAGGGCCCAUAGCGACCGCUACAUUGGCCUCAAGUGUGAGCUCAAGAAUAUACCCCCAUAUAGGGCUGCAAGAAAAGCUCGAGAGCACCAUCUAUUGCUAGUUCGCCCAAGAGACCAAGAUGAGCUCUCCCGACAAAGCUGGCGCAGGCCAAAGGGUAUCGAUUCCCGUGUCAGGAGAAAGUUCAAGGGAUGCACCUUGAUGCCCAACAUUGGCUACGGUUCUGACAAGAAGACGAGGCAUUACCUUCCCAACAAGUUCAAGAAGUUUGUUGUCCACAAUGUCUCUGAGCUGGAGCUGCUUAUGAUGCACAACAGGACCUACUGUGCGGAGAUCGCCCACAACGUCUCCACCAAGAAGCGCAAGGACAUUGUUGAGCGUGCUGCUCAGCUCGACAUCGUGGUUACGAACAAGCUUGCCAGGCUCCGCAGCCAGGAGGACGAGUAG